AUGCUGGGUGUGCGUCAUGCGUGGCGCCGCCUGCAUUCCUCCAUCGGUGGCGGCGGCGGAGGCGGCGGCGUGUCCUCCAAGCGGAAGAUGCUCGAGGCGGCCCUUCGGGUCAACCCGGAAGUCCAGGCGACCCUGGAAUCUGAGCCGUGUCGCGUCGUGGCCCUGGAAACUGCUGUUGUGUCCCACGGGUUGCCGUACCCGGCCAAUCUGGAGGCUGUGUUGGGCAUGGAGGACGAGAUCCGGAUCCAAGGAGGAAUCCCGGCAACCAUUUGUGUCAUGGACGGAGAAAUCCACGUUGGAUGUUCACUCAAGCGAUUGGAACGUCUUGGGAAGUCGAAGGAACCGAGAAUCAAAGUGUCUCGUCGGGAUUUCGCAAACGCCGUUUCUCACAAAUUGAAUGGAGGUACAACAGUUGCUGGGACGCUGAUGGUCGCAAAGGCGUUGGGAAUUCAGCAGUUUGCCACUGGUGGAAUCGGCGGUGUUCACCGAGGUGGAGAGAGUAGCUUUGACGUGAGUGCAGAUCUGAUGGAACUUGGCAGGAGUCCAGUGGCUGUGAUUUCUGCAGGAGUCAAAUCCAUUCUGGAUGUGCCGAGAACCUUGGAAUACUUGGUGAGGCUUCGGAUUCCGUUUCUCUAUACUGUACUUGACGAUGAAACUCAAGGAGUGUUUGUUGCGACUUUGGCCUACACAGAGAAGGGCAAUCCCAAGUUCCCCAAUUUCUUUGAGUGUGAGGGUGAAAUUGAAAGCCCUGCUGUGUUGAGAGGCAUUCAGGCUGCUGCUGACUUGGUGGAGACCCACUUCCAACUUGGGAUAGACUCUGGUUUGUUGAUUGCUGUGCCUGUGCCUGAAGACCAUGAAAACAAGGCUGCAGCUGUUGUAAUUGCUGAGGCAGCAGAGGAAGCAGAAAAGUUGAACAUCAGAGGCAGAGAUGUCACCCCUUUCAUUCUCAAUAUGAUCAGGGAGAAGACAGAUGGCUCUUCUGUCAUCACCAAUGUCGCUCUUUUGUUGAACAAUGCCAGGAUUGCUGGGAGAAUAGCGUCUUUGCGGGCUGAGCACAGGCUUAGGGAAACUAACCGACUCAGAGGAGGUUCAUCUGAUGUGGAACAUGUCCAUCAGCAGCCUGUGGUUGUUGGAGCUGCAGCACUGGACUUCUUGGUCAAAGUGAAGUGUGACCUGGUG